AUGGAAGUCAGUGAAAAUGAAGUCCACGGAGGGAGUUCUUCGGAAACUACUUCGGAAAAAAACGAGGUCUUUGUGUGGCCGUGGAAAGGGGUCGUGGCAAAUAUUCCCGUCCAGCGGAUUAAAGGCAAAUAUGUAGGAGAAAGUGGGACGAAGUUUAGAGAAGAGCUGCAAAGCCGAGGUUUCAAUCCCGUGAGAGUCCAGCCUCUGUGGGAAAAAAGGGGCCACUCAGGCUUUGCCGUGGUUGAAUUUCGAAAUGAUUGGGAGGGGCUAGCUGAUGCCUUGAGGUUUGAGAAGGCUUACGAAGCCAACCGUCAGGGGAAGAGAGCCUAUUUUACUGCUCGAGAAAGGGGUGACAAGCUCUACUGCUGGGUGGCUCGCCUGGACGACUACAAUGUAAAGAAUGCAGUCGGUAAAUACUUAAAAACGAAGGGUGAUCUGAAGACGAUCAAGGAGUAUGCAGAGGAGGAGGAGAGGAAAAACGGGAAGCUGGUGGCGAGUUUGGCCAGCACAGUUGAGGCUCAAGACGAGCGCCUUCUGGAGAUGGAGAGCAAGUACCAGGAGGCGCACCUCAGUUUGAGAAGCUUGAUCGACGAAAAAAAUGAGAUGUCCCGAAAUUUCAAUGAAGAGAGAGAGAGGGUACAAAGGAAUGCACGUGAUUAUUUACAGAGAAUUUCGGAGGAAUGUGGUAGAGACACAUUGAAGCUAGAGAAAAAAAGGAUUGAUCUGGACGAGCUUGAAAAGGAACUUAAGGCGCGUGAAGUUAAAAAUGAGAAUGAGACCAUAAAUCUUGAAAAGCUUAAAGCUGAAAAGCUGCAGAAUGAGAAAGCCAUCAUGGAGCGAAGGAGGGCAGAAGAAAAAGUUCUAAAGCUAGCAGAGGAUCAUAAGAGAGAGAAAGAGAUACUCCUGAGAAAGAUUGUAGAGUUGGAAAAGAAGAUAGAUGCCAAGCAAGCGCUCGAGCUGGAAAUACAAACUCUCAGAGGUAAGCUUCAAGUGGUGAGACGCAUGGAAGAUGGAGGAGAUGAGGAAGCCGAAAAGUUGGGUGUCAUCCAAAAAGAGCUGCAAGACAAGGAGGAGGAGCUGGAUUUUUUAGACACACUCAACCAGAAUCUCAUUGUGAAAGAACGGAGAUCCAACGAUGAAUUGCAAGAAGCUAGGAAAGAUAUGAUUGAGAUCUUCAAGGAAUUUGUCUCUAAAUCCAUUCGGAUCAAGAGAAUGGGGGAGCUUGAUAGCAAAGCUUUCGUCUCGGGGGCCAAAAGGAAGUAUUCGGGUCGUGAAGUCAACAUGAAAGCCGUCGAGCUGUGCACUGAGUGGGACAGUUACUUAAGGGAUGCCAACUGGCACCCUUUCAAGAUCGUCACAGAUAAAGAUGGUAAAACAAUGAAGGCGAUAGUGGAUGAAGAAGAUGGAAGACUACAGUGUUUGAGGAAUGAAUUCGGCGAAGAAGCUUUCCAAGCUGUCUCACGGGCUUUGAUGGAGUUGAACGAAUACAACCCGAGCGGGAGGUAUGUUGUUCCCGAGCUUUGGAAUCAUGAAGAACAGAGAAGAGCGAGUCUGAAAGAAGGGAUAUCGUAUUUGGUGAGGCAUUUGCGUUUGCUUAAGAAAAAGAGAAGAUAG